UCAAUUCCCAUUUCCCACCCCAUUAGCCGUCCCUUCCCCGAAUCUAUCCGUAUAGAACCCAAUUCGAACUUCUCUCCGCCCCAUAAUUAAUAAAUAAAUAACCAACGCCCAUAAGAAGCGUCCUCCCAAUCUCUCACUAUAUAUACGCGCCAUUUCCCCACCUGUUUUCAUCGCACAAUUCAAACCCCAACAAGAUCGUACACAUACAUAGAAACAGAGAGGUCCCCUGUCUUCUGAAAGUCUCUGCCUUUCUUCAUUUCUUCUUGCUAAACAAUGGCCAAUAACAACAAUGGCGAUGUCAAACUGAUCGGCGCGUGGCCGAGUCCGUUCGUGAUGCGCCCAAGGAUCGCCUUCAACAUCAAAUCCGUCGAGUAUGAGUUCCUCCAGGAGCAAUUCGGGUCCAAGAGCGACCUCCUCCUCAAAUCCAACCCUGUCCACAAGAAAAUCCCUGUCCUUCUUCACAACGACAAACCCAUCUGCGAAUCCAACAUCAUCGUCGAGUACAUUGACGAGGUUUGGUCCGCCGGCCCUUCAAUCCUCCCCUCCGACGCCCACCACCGCGCCGUCGCACGCUUCUGGGCUGCCUACGUCGACGAAAAGUGGUUUCCGAACGUGAGAGGGGCGUUAAAUGCGUCGAGCGAGGAGGCGAAGAACGCGGCGGUGGGUCAGCUAAAGGAAGGUAUGGCGCGGCUGGAGGGAGCGUAUGGGGAAAUCAGCAAAGGGAAGGAUUUCUUCGGCGGGGAGAAGAUUGGAUUUAUCGACAUUGCGUUUGGGAGCAUGUUGGCAUGGCUGAGAGCUCUGCAAGUGAUGCUGGGAGGAGUGAAGCUUCUUGACGAGGAGAAGACGCCUGGUUUGUGUAAAUGGGCGGACAAAUUCUCGGCCGAUCCUGCUGUGAAGGACGUCCUGCCUGAAACCGACAAGAUCAUCGAGUUUGCUAAGCUCCUCGUUGCUAAAAACAAAGCUGCAGCAGCGUCCUCUUAGAAGAUGGAUAUGUGUCUCGGCGAUUGUUGUCUUUUGGGUCUGUUUUCCAGCUUUAUGUUGUUGUUCUUUCAUGUUAAAUCGAGGGAAUUGGGAGCUAUGUAUCCCCUUUAUGUUUUACUCUGUUUUGGUCAUCGAUCACACAAUAAAAAUGAGUUCUAGUUUCUGGUCUUACUAUGGAGAACUAUGUCAUAUGUUUUUUUAUUGUCUACGCACC